CCGGUAGAGCGUCCCCAGUCACGAUUCGCACUCAUCAGUCAUCCUGAACUAGCCAGUGCGCUCGGAAGUCGUUCCACAGUUGCAGUGAAAUAUUUUUAUUAUAUUUGCGUUAUUUGCGUCCCAGUAAUCCCACGUAGAUUUGUGUAGCGAAACAGAAUUUGACCUCGCUCAGAUAAACACGUUCGGCUCGUACUUCGUAUCAACGGAGACAAAACUCUUUAGUUUUGUCAACAAACCCGUACGAAGCGUUUGAUUAUCCGGAGGCUUACUUUCUGAUUCUCGCAUCAAAAGUGGAAGUUAAAAAUGAUCGUCAACUUGCUACUAUUCGCUUCGGUGCUCGGACUCGUUCUGUACCUUGGGGGAAAACGAUGUUACGAAUUUUAUGUGUUUAGAAAAAAAAUGAAGAAAAUACCGAGUCCGACGUACAAAUUUCCACUUUUUGGCAUGAUUUUAGAACUCUUAACUGUUGAAAAGAAAGAUCGUCUCGAUUGGUUCGAAGCUGUGAAUAAUCGAUUCAAAGAUGGUAUCAUAUGCACGUGGCUGGGCACCACUGGAACUGUACACAUCCGAAAACCAGAAUAUCUCGAGACAAUACUACGCAGUACCACGGAAAUAACUAAGUCCGACAUCUAUCAUUAUUUGAUGCCGUGGUUGGGAAAUGGACUUUUGACUUCGACAGGAACGCAAUGGCAGCACGCUCGGAAGCUGUUGACUCCGGCCUUCCAUUUUAAAAUUCUCGAAGAAUUUUCCGAAAUUAUGAUUGACAAAGCGAAAAUUUUAACGGACUGCUUGGAACGAGAGAUGAAAAUUCACGGGGACAAGCCUUUCGAUAUUUUUGAAUUGUGCGUCAAAGCAGCCUUGGAUAUAAUCUGUGAAACCGCAAUGGGGGUCGAUGUGCACGCUCAAGAAGCAGUCCACAGCGAGUAUAUUGACGCGAUACACACUAUAAGCGAAGCGGUGACUUACCGAUUCUUUCGACCUUGGUUAAAACCGGAUAUCUUUUUCUACCAAACUGCAAUGGGGAAAAAGUUCAAAAAGGCUGUAGAAACGACCCACGAUCUCUGCACUCAAGUUAUUCAGAGAAAGCAGCAGGAACGAAAACACGGAAUCAUCAAAAACGAUGUGUCGGAGGGGAGUAAAAUUUUCGGUGAACGCAAAAGAAGGGCAUUCUUGGACCUGAUGCUCGAGGCCAAUGAGCUCGAAAGCAACCCUAUGACGAUCCAAGAAAUCAUAGACCAAACGAGCACGUUCAUGUUCGCGGGUCACGAUACAACUGGAGCUCUCGUCAACUGGACUCUCUUUUGUCUUGGAAUCGAGCUAGAUGUUCAGAAAAAAGUUCACGACGAAUUGGAUGAAGUACUCGGUGACGCGGACGAUCGAACGACAUUGGAAAAAUUGCCGAAUCUCAAAUAUCUCGAAAGAGUUAUUAAAGAAACGCUCAGAAUGUAUCCGAGUGCUACUAGCGUGAGCAGAUCACUCGUAAAUGAUUUGCAAAUAGGUGAAUACACAAUCCCGAAAGACGCUAGGGUGAAUUUACUAAUUUACAAUUUACAUCGGAAUGCAGAAAUAUGGCCGGAUCCUCUGCGCUUCGAUCCUGACAGAUUCCUUCCAGAAAACGUUAAGAAUCGACAUCCCUAUGCAUACAUACCGUUCAGUGCUGGUCUCAGAAAUUGCAUAGGACAAAAAUACGCCAUGCUCGAAGCUAAACUAACGCUGGCUCAAGUAUUACGAAAAUUCAGCUUUAAAAGUGUCGAAAAUCAUGACACAAUCAAGAAAUACAGUGAAAUUAUUCUUCGACCGGUUGAGGGCACUUACGUUUACAUGAAAAAACGAGCUGAUGGCUAGGAUCAUGAAGAAUAGAAAGAAGGAGUGAACAAACCGUGCUUCAUAAAUGUGUCCGCAAAAACCCUUGAAAUAAGGAGGCGCUGCAAUCGCAGAAAACUAUUUUGUUACAUAUAUAUGACAUGUCAACAAUCGCUGUCGGGUCACUUGUUAAUCUGGAUAUCAUAAUCUCAAUUCAUAAAUGUAUAAUCAAUUUUCUGAAUAAAUGAAAUCAUCAAAAAAUUAUAA